AUGCCACGCUACAUCUACGUCUACUCGAUCACAACAGUCCAGGAUCGCUUUCCUCAGUUCCGCAACUUUUUGACACCAGCUUGGCAGGUCGAUCGAAAAUGGCAAAGGGCCGAGCCCGGCUCGUGUCGGCCAGUCUUGCCGGCCGCCUGUGUGCGGGCUGCCAUCAGCGUAGGGCUUCUUUGGGGUUGGUUUAAGUGGGCGGGGUUGAUUAUAAUAGGUUUCUUGGCCAUGUUGCAUCCGGGAGAGCUUGUGGACCUCACUCGGAAAGAUCUAGUUUUCCCUGCAGACACGCUUGGUCACACACGAAGCUUGUUCAUACACCUUCGGCGUCCCAAAACCUCCCGAUUUGCCCGGCGCCAGCAUGGCCGCAUCGACGACGAGAUUGCAAUCGCCUACUUGUGGUCUUUGGUUGUAGGUUUAGGACCCGAUGAUAAGGUUUACCCCGCCUCACUGUACUCCUUUCACCGGCAGUGGAAUGCCAUCAUGGAUCGAUUGGGCCUCCCAAGCUGGGCUGCAGACAAAGGAGCCACGCCUGGCAUGUUGCGAGGUUCUGGAGCAACGCACUACUACAUUGCGACCGAAGACAUCCCUUGGCUGGCAUGGCGAGGCCGAUGGGCCCGCGCGCGCACACUGGAAUGUUACCUACAGGAGGUAACAGCUCAGAUUCUCUUGAGUGAGGUCACGCCCAUUGCACGGGCGCGCAUUAAGCAAUUGGAUCGUGCAGCCGACAGCUUGCUUUGUUAUUUCUCGGGUGCUUCGCAGUAA